AUGCAUCCUCAAUUGCCUAAAAUUCAUGAUAGAUCACUACAAUAUGGUGAUAAUCCAUUCUAUGUUCCUGAUGAAUAUGAGAUAUACAAAUUGAAGGAGAAAUCAAAAUAGGCUAGAUCUGAAGAAAGACUCAAGUUUUCAAAAUUGAAGAUUCAUGAAAAAAGCAAAAAGUAAAGAGGAUUCUUCACUGUGAGAACCAUAGAUCGUUUGGAUAGUGAAGAAUCGUUAUUGGAUUAGGAAGAAUAAGAAAAGAAAAAUAUAGUGGAUAUUGCAAAUGAUGCUUUAAAAAACAGAGUUCGAUAAAGAGAACCCAUGUAUUAAUUUUUGGAGAAGAAGAAAGAAAUGCUAUUGUUUUCAAUGCUCAUAGAUUAAAAGAGAGGAAUGAUUGAUGAAUAUGAAAAGUUAGCAAGAUUGCAUAGAAAAGGUUUGGAAUAAAGUGAAUAAUUAAUUGAUGAAGAUAUUGAGAUGUUUAAUAAAUUUUUGGAGGCUAAUAACAAUAGUUCCAGAGAUGCAAUAAAAGAAGCAGAAAACGAAACAAGAUUAAAAUAAGAGAAAACAAAUGAAAUUAAAUUAUUGCAAGAACACAGAACAGAAUUAAUGACUAAAAAUCAAUAGAAGGUUGAUAAUUUAGAGGACUUAAUAAAAUACAAAAAUUUUCUAGACAAAAUAACUCCCAAAGAAUUUUAAAAGAAGAAUCAAAAAAAGUAGUAAAUUAAGAAUAAAAAUAAAAAAAAUCCUUAAGAUAAUUUAAUAAGUUCAGAUCUCUAAAAAAUUUUGGAUGAUUCUGACGAUGAAUUCGAUUCUUAUUUUAAAGACCCUUAAUAAUUGUUUGAUAUAUUCUAACAAUUAGAAGAGAGAAACCUAUUUUUGAUAGCAAACACUAAAGAAAGAGAACAAAUGGUUGAGGAAUUGAAAUCAAAGGUAGAUUUAAAGAAAAGAUAACUGGAGGAUAAGAAAUAAAAUGCCAUUUAGAAUAAAUUGGACUUAGAAAGAUAGAUAAUAUCAGUGAAUGAUUAGAUAAAGAUCUUAAAGAGUAUAAAGAGUGACAAUGAGGGGUUUGAGUCUCUUCGUAAUUUAGAAAUGAUGAUUUCGAGAAUGUACAGGAUAGAUCUAAAUCCAGAACCUAGGAAGGAUAUGUCAGGAUUGGAAAUGUUAAAAGAAACAGAGAGAAAGUUAGAACAAUAUAUCUUAGAGAUUAAGAAGUAUAGAUAAAUUGCACCGGAUUUGGUAUUAGAUAAAGAGAAAGGGUGUAUUAGAAUGAAAAAAGAUAAAAUGAAAUAAGAAAAGCAGGAACAAGAUUUGAUAGAGAUGUAAAAAAAAUAGUAAGAGCAAUAAAAAGAAGUUAUUAUUUAAAAACGAUUUGGAAGACCCAUAAUGAUUAGAUCAUGGCCACCAAAAGAAGAAAAAGAAGAGUAAGUUGUAACUGAAAUCAGUGAGGAGGAAAAGGAAAGGUUAAAGUAUUUUACAUGA